AUGCGGAUCUUCAAGGUUAUAAAAAUAGUCAAGACCCAAGAUUGCGGGAGACCAGACAUAAGGUUGUGCGGGACAAAGUUUAUGCUGUUCAAUAUCAACAAGUCUUUGUCUGGUGAUCCUAAGAAUAUUAAGCUCAUCCGACAAAGCAAGAUCAUUGAGCUCUGUGCUAUGGACAAAAACUUGGAGUUCGACAGAGACUUUAGGAUUAAGCACUACGCAGGCGAUGUGAUCUACUCAGUCACGGGAUUUAUUGAUAAAAACAAGGACACUUUGUUUCAAGAUUUCAAACGCCUGAUGUAUAACAGCUCCAACCCUGUUUUGAAAAAGAUGUGGCCAGAAGGCAAGCUGAGCAUCACAGAGGUGACCAAGCGCCCGCUGACAGCUGCAACCUUGUUCAAGAACUCCAUGAUCGCUUUAGUGGACAACUUGGGCUCUAAGGAACCAUUCUAUGUCCGCUGCAUCAAGCCCAAUGACAAGAAAUCUCCCCAGCUGUUCGACGAAGAACGUUGCAGGCAUCAGGUGGAAUACCUUGGGCUUCUGGAGAACGUGCGGGUCCGACGGGCUGGAUUUGCCUAUCGCCAAACGUAUGAGAAGUUCCUUCACAGUUUUGAGGACGAGCAAAGAACGACAGCUGCUAGUCCAGGGAAACCUUUGGAAGAGGAUAGAUCAACCUCAGGGAUGAAUGGCAAAAUCUCUAAUAUACAAGAGUAUGUGUGGAGGGGCACGCUGGCCCGCCUGCGCUACAAGAGGACCCGGGCUGCCCUCAAGAUCAUCCAGUGCUACCGUCGGUACAAAGUCAAAUCCUACAUCCGGGAGGUUGCCCGGCGGUUUCAUAACGUGAGGUCCAUGAAGGGGUACGGCAAACACGUGAAGUGGCCCAGCCCUCCGAAAGUGCUGUGGAGGUUUGGAGAGGCCCUGCAGUCCAUCUACCACAGAUGGAGGGCACACGAACUGAUCAAGAGUAUCCCCCCAAAAGACCUUCCUCAGAUCAGGGCAAAGGUGGCUGCAAUGGAACUGCUGAAGGGCCACCGAGCUGAUAUCGGACUUCACAGAGCCUGGCACGGGGACUACAUGGCAUCAAAUCCAGAUAACCCUCAGUCGGCAGGUGUGUUCAUCCCCGUUGCCAAUGAUCUGAAGCGGAAGGACAAAUUCAUGAACGUUCUCUUCUCUUCUCAUGUUCGCAAGGUAAACCACUUCAGCCGAGUCGAAGAUCGAGCGAUUUUUAUCACAGACAGACAUCUUUACAAGAUGGACCCUACAAAACACUACAAAGUUAUGAAGACCAUCCCCCUGUACAACCUGACGGGAUUGAGUGUCUCCAACGGAAAAGAUCAACUUGUAGUCUUCCAUACCAAAGACAGCAAAGACCUCGUUGUCUGCCUUCUCAGCACGCAUCCGGUCAAUGAGAGCAGGAUUGGGGAGCUGGUCGGAGUUCUGGCAAGCCACUUCAAAAGUGAGAAACGUCGCCUGCAAGUGAGCGUCACCAAUCCGGUCCAGUGCAGCCUGCAUGGUCGGAAAUGCACCGUCUCCGUGGAAACCAGGAUCAACCAAUCACAGCCGGACUUCACCAAGAACCGCACAGGCUUCAUCCUCUGUGUGCCUGGGAAUUAGCAUCCCUCCUGCAGCUAGGGGAAGGGAAGAGGAGCCAGACUCCUGCGAGGAGGAGGAGGACGACGAGGACGAC